GGAGAAGUCAAUUGGAGGGAGCUCUGGAGCCGGAGACAACAAGAAGAAGAAGAGAAGAAGAGGAUCUACUCUUGUCUUCUUCUCUUGGCAUCAAGUUGGACUUCACCUGGAGCUCGACUGACCGGACCUUUGAGCAAGACAUCCACUUUGGAGGAGUUCUGGUUCUGGUCUGUCCUCCCUCUGGAGCAGGAUGGUGAAGCAGAGGAGAGGAUCUGCUGAGGAUGGAGGAGGCUGGAGGGCGGCGGGCGGCGCUCGUCCGUCCGGGCCGCGCGGCGUGCUGGCGUGGGCCGUCCUGGCGCUGGCGGCGGCGGCGGCGGGGCGGGGGGGCGUGGGGGCGUGUCCGGCGCCCUGCAGCUGCCUGGGCAACACGGUGGACUGCCACGGCCUGGGGAUCCACGCCGUGCCCAGGAACAUCCCCAGAGGAACCGAGAGGCUCGACCUGAACGGAAACAACCUGACGGUCGUCACCAAGACCGACUUCUCCGGCCUGAAGCACCUCCGAGUCCUCCAUCUGAUGGAGAACCAGAUCAGCAACGUGGAGAGAGGAGCCUUUGAUGAGCUGAAGGAGCUGGAGAGACUUCGCCUCAACAAGAACCGUCUCAGCCAGCUUCCAGAGCUGCUGUUCCAGAAGAACAAAGGCCUGUCCCGACUGGACCUGAGUGAGAACGUCAUCCAGGCGAUCCCCAGGAGAGCCUUCAGGGGGGCCACGGACCUCAAGAACCUUCAGCUGGACAAGAACCACAUCAGCUGCAUCGAGGAGGGGGCCUUCCGGGCCCUGAGGGCCCUCGAGGUCCUCACGCUGAACAACAACAACAUCAGCACCAUCCCUGUCUCCAGCUUCAACCACAUGCCGAAGCUCCGCACCUUCCGCCUCCACUCUAACUCCCUGCGGUGCGACUGCCACCUCUCCUGGUUGUCCCCGUGGCUGCGCCAGCGGGCGCCGUUGGGCCUCUUCACUCAGUGCGGCGCUCCUCCGGCGCUCCGGGGCCUGAACCUGGCCGAGCUGCGCAAGACCGACUUCGCCUGCACAGGUCACGGCGGCAGCGCCUUCGUGCAGCCGUGCAGCCUGGCGUCCGGCUCCUGCCCCGCCAUGUGCUCCUGCAGCAACAACAUCGUGGACUGCCGGGGGCGGGGCCUCACCGCCAUCCCCGCCCACCUCCCCGAGGCCAUGACCGAGAUUCGUUUGGAGCAGAACGGCAUCAAGUCGGUUCCUCCGGGCGCCUUCACCUCCUACAAGAAGCUGCGGCGCAUAGACCUGAGCAACAACCAGAUCUCUGAGAUCGCUCCGGAUGCCUUCCACGGCCUCCGGGCCCUCAACUCCCUGGUCCUGUACGGGAACAAGAUCACAGAGCUGCCUGGCGGUGUGUUCGAUGCCCUCUCCUCUCUGGAGCUGCUGCUGCUGAACGCCAAUAAGAUCCACUGCAUCCGAGCCGCCGUGUUCAAGGACCUGGAGAACUUGUCUCUGCUGUCGCUUUACGACAACAAGAUCCAGAGUCUGGCCAAAGGAACCUUCACGGCCCUGAGGAGCAUCCAGACCCUCCACCUGGCCCAGAACCCCUUUGUGUGCGACUGCGGCGUGAAGUGGCUCGCUGACUUCCUGCGCUCCGACCCCAUCGAGACCAGCGGGGCCCGCUGCGCGUCCCCACGCCGCCUCGCAAACAAGCGCAUCGCCCAGAUCAAGAGCAGCAAGUUCCGCUGCUCCGCUAAGGAGCAGUACCUCAUUCCAGGUACUGAGGCCCGCCGUGUGAGCCUGCAGUGUAACAGCCGGCCUUCGUGUCCUCCUAAGUGUCGCUGUGAGGCCAACGUGGUGGACUGCUCCAACCUGAGGCUCACCAGCUUCCCCCAGGAGCUGCCCCCCUCCACGGAGGAGCUGCGUCUCAACAACAACGACCUCUCCGUGCUGGAGGCCACCGGCGCCUUCAAGGGCCUCACGCAGCUCAAGAAGAUAAACUUGAGCAACAACAAGAUCUCUGAGAUCGAGGACGGCGCCUUCGACGGCGCCUCAGCGGCGGUGGAGCUUCACCUGACGGCCAACCACCUGGAGGCCGUGAGGGGGGGCAUGUUCAGGGGGGCGGGGGGGCUGCGCAUGCUCAUGCUCAGGAACAACAGGAUCAGCUGCCUCCAUAACAGCAGCUUCACUGGCCUCAGUCACGUCCGUCUGCUGUCGCUGUACGACAACAAGCUGAGCUCCAUCCAGCCGGGAACCUUCGACACACUGCCUCACCUGUCCACCCUGACGACACACACACACACACACACACAUACGAGCACACACACACGCACACGCGUGGUGACGGCGGCGCUCCCCUCAGGCGCCCCAGUGGACGACGGCUGCCCCGCGGCGCCCCGGUGCCCCGCCCCCUGCUCCUGCCUGGACACGGUGGUCCGCUGCAGCAACAAGCAGCUGCAGGCGCUGCCCAGAGGGUUGCCACGCAACGCCACCGAGCUGUAUCUGGAUGGAAACCAGUUCACCAGUGUUCCAAAGGAUUUGGCCACAUUCAAAUACCUGCAGCUCGUAGAUCUGAGCAACAAUAAAAUCAGCUAUCUGUCAGAUGACUCCUUCUCCAACAUGAGCCAGCUCACCACCCUGAUCCUCAGCUAUAACUCUCUGCGCUGCAUCCCUCCUCUGGCCCUGGGAGGCCUCCGGUCUCUGAGGCUGCUCUCUCUCCAUGGCAACGACAUCUCAGAGCUGCAGCGCGGCAUCUUCAACGACGUGGUCUCCCUGAGUCACCUGGCGAUCGGGGCCAACCCCCUGUACUGUGACUGCCGCCUCCUGUGGCUCUCUGAUUGGGUGAGGAGCGGCUACAAGGAGCCGGGCAUCGCUCGCUGUGCUGGACCUGCAGGACUAGAGGGACAGCUGCUGCUCACCACACCUGCUGACCACUUCCUGUGUCACGGUCCAGUGGAGCCCUCAGUCCAGGCUAAGUGUAGUCCAUGUGUGUCGUCUCCCUGUCAGAACCAGGGUGUGUGUCAGGUCCACGACACGGAGCUGUACACCUGCACCUGCAAGGCCGGCUUCACGGGUCAGCACUGUGAGGCUCCAGUAGACGCGUGUCUCAGUAAUCCGUGCACCAACGAAGGAGUUUGUAUCAGUGAGGAGCAAACGGGAGGAUUCAGCUGUGCGUGUGCGUUCGGGUUCCACGGGACGUUCUGCGAGGGGAACGUUGACGACUGUCAGGACCACGGCUGUGAGAACGGAGCCACCUGUGUGGACGACGUGGGCAACUACACCUGCACCUGUGGCCCCAACUACACAGGCCUGCUCUGUGAGGAAGAGGAGGGGUCGUGUUCUCCAGGUAGAAACCGCUGUCAGCAUCAGUCCACCUGCGUCAGCACUCCGACCGGCUCCAGGUGUGUGUGUGUCCCAGGCUGGGUGGGGCCAGACUGCAGUCUGGACUACGAUGAGUGUCUGGAUCAUCGCUGUCAGAACGGAGCUCAGUGCACAGACCAGCUGGACGGGUACCGCUGCCUCUCCUCCUCCUCCUCCAGUGGCGUUCUCUGCGAGGUGGCCCCCCCCGCCCCGUCCCCGUGCCGUCCGUCCCCGUGUCAGCGUGGCGCCCUCUGCGUGGCGGCGGCGGGCGUGGCCCUGUGUGAGUGUCCUCCGGGCUUCGAGGGCCCGAGCUGUGAGAAGCUGGUCGGGCUGAACUUCGUGGACCGGGACUCCUACGUCACGCUGGAGGACGUCAGGAGCUGGCCUCAGGCCAACAUCACCCUGCAGGUGUCCACAGCGGAGGACAACGGCAUCUUGCUCUACAACGGAGACGACGAGCCAAUCGCUGUUGAGCUCCAUCAGGGUCACGUCAGGGUCACGUAUGACCCCGGUAACCAGCCCGCCACCGCCAUCUACAGCUCGGAGACGGUGAACGACGGGCGCUUCCACACGGUGGAGCUGGUGACCUUCAACCGGAUGGUGAACCUGUCUGUGGACGGCGGCGAGCCGGUCAGCCUGGACAGCCGGGCGCGGCGCCGGCCGGCGGCGGGCGACGCGCCGCUCUACGUCGGAGGUAUGCCCGAGGCGGCGAUGGACGCCGCUCCGGGCUCCUCCUCCUCGCCGAUCCUCAACGGGUCCAGUUUUCACGGCUGCAUCCGGAACCUCUACAUCAACCACGAGCUGCAGGACUUCACCCGCGGGCGCAUGGAGCCGGGGGUGGAGCCGGGCUGCCGGGCCUGCCGCGAGCUGCACUGCCGGCACGGCGUGUGCCAGCCCAACGCCGCGCAGGGGCCUCGGUGUCACUGCCAGUCGGGGUGGGCGGGACAACACUGUGACCAGCCAAUGGCGGCAGGCCUGAGCGGAGCGGACGUGGUCACCGCGGCGACCGGCGUGGAGCCGUGCGACGGCAGCAAGUGUGCGAGCGGCGUGUGCGUGGCGCUGGACGCGCGGACGUACCGCUGCGACUGCGCGGAGGGAUACCGCGGCGCGCUGUGCGACCAGCAGGGGGCGCCGGAGGGCUCCUGCCAGCGGGGGGCGCCGUGUCUGCGUGGUCGCUGCCAGCAGGCGGAGGACGGAGAGGAGCGCUGCGUCUGCGAGCCGGGAUUCACCGGGGAGAGCUGUGACAUAGAGUCCCCGUGUCUCGGUGAGCCGGUGAGAGACGUCCACCGCGUGCAGCGCGGUGUCGUCCUCUGCCAGACGUCCAAGCCGUUCUCGUGGGUUGAAUGUCGCGGUCGGUGCCGGGCGCUCGCCGAGCCGGACGCCGCCGCCGCCGCUUCCUGCUGCGCUCCCCUGAGGGUCCGGCGCCGGCGGCUCUCGUUCGAAUGCGACGACGGGACCUCGUUCACGCAGGAUGUGGAGAAGCCUGUGGAGUGUGGCUGCAAGGAGUGUGUGUAGCGCUGAGGAUGUAACGCACACACACACACACACACACCAAGAUAGAGAGGCACACACACACUGGAGGGAUUCGCUCACUGAGAAACGGACAUUUCGGUGUUUUUUCAGUAACACAAGACAGAAACCUGGAAACAUAAAGUCAACGAAGCCGACCUCCUCUUCUUCCUCCUCCUCCUCUUCCUCCUCCUCCUCUUCCUCCUCCCGCUGCAGGAGGACCUGCGCUGGUGAAAUAUAAUCUCUGUUCAACGACUGCUGCAGACACGACUUUGGGUUUGAUCUUUAAGCUUUGAGAGGUUAAGCCCCGCCCCUUCCGAUGUAUCGGAAUUUUUAAAAUCAUUUUUGAGUUGUGCACAUUAUUUCGUGACGUUUGUCAAUUUUAAAAAAUCAUUCUGCACGUCUGUAAAUGUAGUCGUGUGAAACCAUCGUGUGUGUGUGUUUGUACUUGUAUCCUUGUGGGGACCAGUGGUUUUAGACUUGUCUAAUUCAUAACUUUACUUUUAUUACUGAUAUAAUACUAGUACAUAUUCUCAGAGUAAAGGUUUGGCAUAUGUAUCAGAUAUUAAAACAUUUAGGAUAAUACUGCCCGGUUUGGCUGCGAUGGUUCGGGGCCAAGGAACGUAUUAGGGUCCUCACAAGUAUAGAAGUACAGGGUUGUGUGUGUGUGUAUUUGCACGUGUAUCCUUGUGGGGACCAGUGUUUUUAGACUUACUUUAAUUACUGAUAUAAUAUUAGUAUCUGGCCUCAGAGCAAAGUGUUGAGAUAUUAAACGAUUUAAGAUCAACCAGGAACGUAUUGGGGUCCUCACAAGUACAGAAGUACAGGGUUGUGUGUUUAUAAUGAAAUGUUAUUUAUAUGUGAAACAAAACAGUGACAUUUCGUUUUAACACGUUUUAAUUGUUGUUUUUAACCUUUUGAGUUAAAUGUGUGUCGUAUGAAUCAGAUUCAAACUAAUGUAGCUUUUAUUAUUAUUAUUAUUAUGAACAAACACAUCUAACAGUAACUAACAGAUUGUAAUAUAUAUAUUCUGAGCCUCUUUUUAUUUCCUCAUUUUUAUUAUAUAGUAUUUUUUUAAGUUGAAGAUGUCGUGUUGUUUUAAUAAGUUAAUAUUAAUAAUCCAUAACGUCUUGUUCGUGAUUCUUCUUCUAUUUAUUUAAAUAAAACAGUUUCUGCUUAA